GUACGGAACCAUUCAUCUAAGUAGAGUACAAUGGAUAGUUUAUUUGACAUAAAAUUAAUAAAAGAAUUUGAAAAAUGCCCCGCAUUUUAUGAUCGAAAUUGUAUCAACUUUAAAAAUAAACAAUACUUAAAUGAUGCUUGGGAGAAUAUAGCUCAAAAAUUAGGCUACAGAGCGAGUCUGUUGAAAGACCGAAUGUUGCAGUUAAGAAACCGGUUUAAUUUAGAAAAACGUAAACUAGAGGCUGCUCGAAAUGAAUCUGGACAAAAUGCUGUCAUAUCUACCUGGCCUCUAUUUGAGUGCAUGUCCUUUUUGGAAGGACAUAUUAGACCAAGAAAGUCCUACAAAAUGAUUAUGAAAGAAAUGGAGUACAAAAAAACAAAUGGGGAUAUUAUGGAAACAGGAAACAUAAAAGAUUGUUACGAUAGCGACGAUCAAACUCAGUCAGAUGAUGAUAUUCACUUUGUUUACGAUUCAAACAAGGAAGAUAAUUACACUCAAGAUAAUCAGGGUGAUGAAACCAAUGUUGCGCACUUUAUGAUUCCUGAAAUGACUGAAAUGUCUCCUCCUCUAACAACCUUGCCACCACCUCCUCCAAUGAAACGUCGAAAAGUAAACUAUAAUCAGCUUGAAAAUUCUAUUAUGCAAGCGAGUUCAUCCAAUCAUUAUUACAAUUUAUCUUCAAAUCCAAAAAAUGAUAAAUACUUUAAGUUUGGCCAAUUCAUUGCAUCAUUUUUAUCAGAUCCAGCUCUACCAGAGGAGCAGGCUUUGAACCUGAUAGAAAAGUUUACAUUGGAUAUUGUAAAUACAAUGAAAAAUAACAUUUCUAAUAAAUCUUCUCAAAAUUAGUGUAAAAAUAAAAUAAAAAAUAGAAAUAAUUCAAAUAAAUUGAUUGUCGUAAUAAAAUCCAAAAUCAUAAGUAAUUAUUUUAUUUUAUUUUACAAUUUUAUUUAUUUAGAAAGUAAUUAUAUACUUUUAUUAUUAUUU